UUCAGUCCGAUCAUCCCGAUCUAACAAGAAACAGAUAGAAUUAGCCCUUCGGGUUGCAUCUCCAACCCUUUUGUCAGUGCAUUCCAAGCCAAAUCAGAUUGGAAGUGAAAUCCACCCCCAACCCCCACUCUGGCUCUUUGCUGGAUGGUUUAUUAACAACUGGUCCUGCCUGGUUCAGUUUAUGUGGGGCUGCUCGGGGAGCUGUGGACCACAUGAUAUCCGUCCUUCUGAGAAAGUGGGCCCUGUGUACGUUGGGGGCAAUCUGCUGGGGCCGGUUUACUUUCCAGUGUAUAGUUUAUGGUGUGAAUACUGAGAAUAAUUAAGCAAAAAAAGAACCGUGCCUGGGAUUAGUUAAUCAGUGUGUUGUUUUUAAUGUGCCCGCUGGGAAGAGAGUGUGCUUGUUGUGCUGGUUUUUUUUGAAAGGACAGCUGGAUUCAGUCAUGUGCCUGGACUAGUUAUUACGAACACACAGGCAGUGUGGGCCGGCAGCCUGAGUGCUUGCAUGGAUCCGGUGAGACAGAGUGGAGCUGCCAUCUGUGGGCUGCUGGAGCGCCGGGAUGCUCUGCUGGUUUAGACUCAGUGCCUCCUUCAUCGAAGCAGUGUCUCCGGAAUGAAGACCCUCAGGCAGGCUGCAGCGGAGACUCUGAGCCGGUUAGGUCUGACCCAGCGACACCCUGGAUACAAUGAGCUGACUGAGGUUGCUGAGUCGCCGAGAAGUCCGUUUGUCUGCGAGCCCCGUCUCUACCACACACUGCAGGCCCAAAAACCCAGCAGGCACAGGAACCGCAGCCACAGCAUUCCGAUAGGGUGCAAGAACUACACCCAGGGCCUCCAAUGGAGAAGUGGCCUACGAUUUGGGACCGCAGCCUCCUAUCUAAACCUGGAGAAACUGGGGGAAGGAUCCUACUCCACCGUGUACAAGGGGAUCAGCAGGAUAAAUGGCAACCUCGUUGCCUUGAAGGUGAUUAAAAUGCAAGAAGAAGAAGGUGUCCCUUUCACUGCAAUCCGUGAGGCCUCGCUACUGAAGGGUUUAAAACACAGCAACAUUGUGCUUCUGCACGACAUCAUCCACACGCAGGAGACUCUCACCUUUGUCUUUGAGUAUGUGCAAACUGACCUCGCACAGUACAUGACCCAGCACCCAGGAGGCCUGCACACGCACAACGUCAAGCUCUUUCUCUUUCAACUCCUGCGAGGCCUAGCAUACAUUCAUCACUGCCACAUCCUUCAUCGUGAUCUGAAACCACAGAACCUGCUCAUCAGCUGUGUUGGGGAGCUCAAGCUGGCAGACUUUGGACUUGCACGUGCGAAGUCUGUGCCCAGUCAGACCUACUCCUCCCAGGUGGUGACACUGUGGUACCGGCCCCCGGACGUGCUCCUCGGGGCCACCGAUUACUCCACCGCCCUGGACAUCUGGGGAGCGGGUUGCAUAUUCAUUGAGAUGGUGGAAGGUUGUCCAGCUUUUCCUGGUGUGUCUGAUAUCAUGGAGCAGCUCCGGAGAAUCUGGGCAGUCCUGGGACUUCCCACAGAAGAGAGUUGGCCUGGAGUCACAGCACUCCCAAACUACCGCACAGAGCACUUUAUACCUCAGCCACCUCAGAAGCUGGGCCAUGUUUGGAAAAGAUUAGGCCUGGUUCCUCAGGCAGAGUCUCUAACAUCGCAGCUCCUCCAGUGCUACCCGCGGGACAGGAGCUCGGCAGAAGAUGCCCUGGCACACGAGUACUUCAGCAGCCUACCCCCUGCGCUGUUCCAGCUCCCCGACAUGGUUUCCAUCUUCACUGUGGCUGGAGUCCGCUUGGAGCCUGAAGCCCGGAAUGCUUUCCAUCCCUUUCGGAAGGUCAGAUGCACAUCAAUCCUUGCCUGACAUGGAGGGAGAACGGUACAGAUUGCUUUCUGUGAAUCACUGCCAUUUAACCAUCCAGAGCCCUAACAUCAAGAGACUGAAGACCCUUGAACAUGUAACCGUGCUUCAUCUUCUAAGUUCAGAGUGGACCAACCUCUCAUCCACAAUGCUUUACUGUGCUGAACCUGCCCCAGGAAUGUUUAAUAAGACAGUGUAGAGGGGACUUUACUCUGUAUCUAACCUAGUGUUGUACCUGUCCUGGGAGUAUUUGAUGGGAAGAGUGUAGGUUGAGCUUUGCUCUGUAUCUAGUCCCAUGCUGUGCCUGAACUUGGAGUGUAUGCAGAAGCAGUUUUACUCUGUAUGUAGUCCCUGUGUGCUGUCCCUGUCCUGGGAGUGUUUGAUGGGGACAGUGUCAAGGGAACGUUAAUUUCAGUUUAAGAGAGUGCAGGAGCUUUACUCUAUAUCUAACCCCAUGCUGUACCUGUGUUGGAGUGUUUGAUGGGUACAGGGUAGAGGAGACUUUACUCUGUGUUUAACCCCUGCUGUCCCUGUCCUGGGAGUAUUUGUUCGGGAAUGGUAUUGAUGCAACUUUACUUUCAAUUUAUAAGAGGGAUAUAUACUUUGUUUAAAAGAGUAAAUGUACCUUUGCUCUGUAUCUAAGCUUGUGCUAUCCCUGACCUGGAAGCAUUUUAAUGGGGACAGUGACGAAGGAGCUUUACUUUCAGUUUGAAAGAGUAGAAAUCCUUACUCUGUCUCUUACCCUGUUCUGUCCCUACCCUGGGAGUGUUUGAUGGGACAGCGUAGAGUUGCUUCACUUACAGUUUAAAAAAGUAGAUGGAGUCUUAAUCUCUGCUGUCCUUGUCUUGGGAAUAUUUAUUGAGAUAGUGUGGACGAAGCUUUGUUUAUGUUGGAAAGAGUAGAGAAAGUUUUACUCUGUGUCAAACCCCAUGUUAUACCUGUUGUGGAAGCGUUUGGUGGGGAUAUUGUAGAGUGAGCUUUACUUUGUAUCUAAUGCCAUGCCGGCCUGUCCUGGGAGUGUUUAAUGGGACAGUACAGAGGGAACUUUAUUCUGUAUGUAACCCCAUGCUGUCCCUGUCCUGGGAGUGUUUAAUGGGGCAGUGUAGAGAGGAUCUUUACUUUUUAUCGAAUCCUGCGCUGUUCCUGUCCCGUUGUUGUGGAAAUAAGUGCCAGAAUUUAAGUGCAGUGUCACUUGUUUGCAUGUUGAACUCAUGACUAUUUUAAAAACACAAUGGAGAGUUUUGGUGGCUGGAGCAUAUGUGGGUUUGUUGAGGGAGGUGGUGGGAGAUUUUAGUUAGUUUCAAUACUAGUCUCUGGAGCUGACUCAAAACCCAUGCUGUUGACCAAUCAGCGUGAGCGACGCCCAAAGGUCACUUUGCCUCCCCUCACUCACAAUCCCAGUUGACAUUUGAGCACUGGGACACCUGAAUGGGCUAUGGACAACAGCUUUCCCUCUGAACCAUAUUUUAGCAGGUCAGCACCUCCCCAACCCCAGGGUGAAGGCUGGGAUGGAUUUGGGGCUUUGAUGAAAUUGGAACCAGGUUGCUUAUUCUAUCCUACUGUGCAGAUCACCACAGUGUAUUGGAGGAAGUUCAAUCCUAGUGGCCCUCCCAGUGUGCCUCAGCUGAAGGCCUGUUGCUUCACUCACAAUUGAUGUACCAAGAGGCGCAGUCAGUGGGCCACAUCUGGGCUGGUUUUACAUAGGAUAAUUAGGCCAAGUUAGGCAUGCCAAUUCAAACGAGUUCACCUUCCUGUUUAUGAAAUAAAGUUCCACGUGUGACUAUCUUUCACCUGCAGAAUGGAAUGAUUCCGAGGCUUGUGUUUUGGGAAUGAUUGGGAAUGAUUUUCCAUUACUGCUCCGCACAAUCCUUGGACAACUUCUCAAUGUACAGGAAUGGCUUUACCCUGUGCAUGUACAGGGUCAGAAGUGGACCUCCUUUAACAUCUUUCUGACUCCCUCAGGAGAGAAAUAAAUGAAAAUAUUAGCUGUAGCAGAAUCUAGGAUGAACAAGUUUAUUUUGAAGUGUCUGGAAGUCCCUCCCCAUUCUGCUGACCCAACCAACAUUUAUGAAAAGUUUAUUUGAUCAUCAUCUGCAUGCCAUUUUAUAGGAUUUUCUUGCACAAAAACUGUUGGAUUGAAAUUCCCACAUUACUACCGUGCAUACACUUCAAAAUGCUCCAUGAGCUACAAAGUGCUUUGGGACACAGUGAAGUCAUGAAAAGCACUGUAUACAUGCGAGCCCUUCUGAAGCUAUUCCCCAUAUGUUCCAUCCUCACUGCCCCAUGUUCAUCUGAUACCCGGAUAUGAGGCACAGUCAGCUUGGAUGGCUAGUUUGUGAUACAAUGUGACACCAAUGGCAUGCGUUCAAUUCCCACAUCAGCUGAGGUCACCAUCAAGACUUCUCCUCAAUUUCUCCCCUUGCUGGAGAAGUGCUGACCCUUAGGUUAAACCACCACCAGUCCUCUCUCUGUAAUGAGAACGUAAGUGCGGGGCACUGUAAGUGCAGGGCUCUCUCCCUCCCACAUACCGAUCCCUUCUCAGAUAGAGAUGGCACAGUGUGGAGCUGGAGGAACACAGCAGG